AUAUACAUAGAUAUGCAGCGUGCAGAGGGCCUGAACCCCGGACGCAGCCAUUCCGUCUGCGCCCAAGGGCCGAACGCGGCGUGCGGGCCCGCCCCGCCCCGCCCAGGCAGGCGGCCGGGGGCCCGCAACGGCGAUGGCGGCGACGACGGCGAAGGCGGCGUGGGCGGUCGGAGCCGGCCGGAGCGCCAGCCGCGCCCAGCCGGGAUACGGAAUGCGCAGGGGCGCAGAGAGCGUGCGGGCGGCCGGGCCCUGCGCCUCCGCGCGAAAGUAUUGCGUCGGCGUCUGCGCGAAAAAUCGCAUCGGGAAGAUGGCUCGCUGCGGGUGCGCUCCGGAAGAAGUGGUUCGCUUUUCGAGAGGUUUGGGCGCGAACGGCCGACGACGGGCGCGCCAGGUGACGUGAAGUGGUUCCGGGCAUUUGGAGGUGUCGAAGAAGCCCCCUGCGUCCCCGAGGAGCCUCCGGUGGCGGUCCAGGGCGGACAGGACGGCCGCCGCCUGCCACCAGCACACACCCGCCGGGCGCCAUGUUUUUCUGGCGCGAUGUCUCCUGGUCUUUGCUCUGGUUCGUGGGCGUUUCGUCGCCCGCGGCGAUUUUGGUGGAACCCCAGAAACGGAGCCUCUCAUGACAACCAUUGCCAAGUUUUGAGAACUGUUGAAAACCUGUCUGAAAGAAGUGGUGAAGCUGGGAAAAUAUAACGUUUCAUCAUGAUUUUACCAAAGAAAUAAAGCAUGUUUAUCAGCAUAACAGAAAAUGACGGCAUAAAAGUUAUUUUAUUUAUUAUUAUUUAUUAACGCCAAAAACCGUUCAAAACUGCGUGUGACGUGCUAUGAGGAGAAGCUGAAUUGAAGUUACAUUUAUGUCCAGAAGCAAAACAAGGAGCCAUCUUCGCAUUUGCUCAAGGAUCAGGGAAAC